AAAGUCUCAAAGCAGCAACACGUGCAAACCAUCCAGCAGCUUUACCAGGUUGCUCAUACUUGCAACUGUUGCAGAGGGUUUACCACGUACCAGGGCCCCAUCACGCGCAAACCAGAAGCUCAGUGGCGUCCACACGCGAUCAGAAACUCAUCAUCACUGCCAAAGGCCUCCAUACAGAAAACACUCCGGAUCAGAUCAUCAAAGUGCAAAGCAUUCUUCACAAUGCCGCUCGUGAGACGCAAGCUCGUCGAGCACAUCCCUCCGCCAGAUCCACGUGCCCUCGCAGCCGUCAUGGCAUUAGAAGAAGCAGAACGCUCAGGCACGUUUGCAGAGAGCAACGAAAGCAGCCCUGCCGCUGGUUCGUCAGCACCAGCCUCUGCGGCAGCUGGCAAGGGCAGAGGGAAAGGAAAGGGGCAUAGCAACACCUGCUCGCCUGCCACGGCCAGAGCCAUGUCGCAGGAGGAAGAGCUACCUGACCCAGAGGUAUUUUACCUUGCUAAGACGGGAGAAAUAUUUCUGGAUUAUGAAUCAUAUGCUGCACGGCUCGCCUUCUACAAUCAAAAAAUCUUCCAGUGCGAGCUCACCGGAAAGAUAGGCCUUUCGUACUGGCAAGCUGUUGAAUCAGAGCGACGCGAAGCGCAAGAGCUGCACCGCCGAUUCCCCGAGGCGCUCAAAGGCCAUGUGCUGCGCUCUAUUCAAUUCGUUGUGACGGGACGGCUAGACAACCUAGUCGAUCUGCUGUUCGAGCGCUUCAAGGACCGCUUCUGGCCCGAUGAGAGCGUGCUCGUGGAGGUGCAGGGCGAUCGCUACCACGCGAGAAUCAAGGACGCCUUCCCAAGUCGCUCCCUCAUUAAGAAGCAUCAGCAGCGCGUUGCGGACGGGCAGUCGACCCACGAUCUCGUUGCGGGCUUUAUGAAAUUGCAGGCGUCAAGUGGCAAGAAGGGCAAAGUCAAAGUCGCAGCAAAACCUGAGGCAAGCGACAAUACAAGCAUGGCUAGCAUUAACGACGGCUCGCCCAGUAAAAGCCAGCUUCCGCAUGUGCACCCGGUCGAGAUUCUGCACCGCAUCGGCACAGAUCUCAGCAUCGACGCCAAGGCAGCAAUCGCUGUGGACGACCCUGCGGAAUACCUCUAUGCCAUUCAGCUUGUCGACAACGAUGGCAAGUUCACCGGUAGUCUCAUGGAAGUCCGCGCUAAAGUCCUUUCACGCGACCGUCUGGCCUUCAGCAAGACCAUUCUGCGCAAGUACAUUCGCACCUGCGUCGUCCGCGAUGCGUCGAUCGGCGCCCCUUGGAUCGUGAGACACGUCAUAGCGCAUCGCUAUGGCAUCCCGAUCAACCCGAGUGACGAGGUGCGCCGCAAGAACCUGCAAAUGAAGGAGGAGAAGCUUCAGAAGCGUAAGAAAGUCGUCGAAGAGGAGCCUGGGGCGGACGACGCAGCAAGCGCGGAAGAAGAGGAGACCAAGCCGAAGAGGAAGAGGAGGAAGAAGGAUGUCCCAACCAAAAGCGCGGAGGAAAUUGCUGCUGAGGAGGAAAAGGUGUGGCAGGAAGAGGAAGAGAAGCGGCGCGCGGAGAAGCGCAAGACGGUCAAGUUUCCAUGGGAGGAUCUCGACCUUGGCGCGAUCACCAACCGCGAGCUGGCAUCGCGUAUGCUCGAGGAGGAGGUCGCAAGACGACGCGAUCGACCGAAGCCCAAGCGUGGGGCAGUCGACGAUCCGUGCGGGCGCAUGGCCGGCGAGUGGUUCGAGCGGUUCAUCGGCGCGUACCACUUCCUAAUCUCUUGCGGCAAAGCUCUGCGCCUGAGCAAUUUCACCCUUGACGACUUUGAGGCGGCGCUACGGCACGAUUCCCCAGACGCUUUUCCAACUCUGAUCACUGAGGCGCAUGCCACGCUGCUCAACGUCAUUAUCGGGGACAGCAUGGCGCCAGCGACGACGACGUCGGCGACGGUAACGCGCUCGGUUUCUGGUAGCUCGGGAUGUGGAGCGCCAAAAGAGCGGAUUGUCUCAGCACGCGUGGCAGCGCGAAAUGCAGCCAGCGCUAUUGCCGAGAACGCCGCUGUCGUCGCUGCGAACGGGACGCCAGCAGGCAGCAGGGCCAACAGCGAGGAGGUGGACGAGCUCGCGUCUGACACAGAUGACUGCGCGAGCGCUGGCGGCGCGCCGGCGAGUCAAGGUGCCGGCAACGGCUGUGUCGAUGGCGAGGUGGAUGAAGAUGUCGAAUUUGCGGCUGUACGUGAUGCAGCACGGCAGAUAGGCAAGAACUGGCGAGCUAGGCUGCUCGUGCAAGAUCGCAGCCGGGCAGGAUGGGAUGCGGCUCUCGUAGGGUGCCUGGUUGACUGCGGAGACCGGGCGACUUUUCCUCGCUUGGCAGCCAUCUUAUCCCUGCUGACAGGAGUCCAGCAUCCGGAUGCGCUCGUGGAUCCAUGCUUCCCACGCACGGAUGGAGAGGUGGCGGCGAAAGCGUUCACCGCAGACACAUAUGCUGCACCCUUGGAGCGGUACUUGCAGCUUGCGUUCGAGGACAGGCUCCGGAUCUUUACGUUUCUGGCGGAGCAGGCGGCUAUGACGAAAGCUGUGCGAGGGUUCUUUGACGAGUGCGACAAUCAGCUCACGGAACUGCGCAAGGAGAGGAUCGAAAUGUCAAGAGUUCGGAAGAGGAUCCUUGAAGAGCGCGCAGAACUUGAGGGUUGGAACAAAGAGAAGCAGGAAGAUGACAAGGAAAGCAACGAAGGGGACGCCUCAAGAAUAGCAGGUUCAGGGUCAGAGGAUGAUGAACUGCAAUCGGAGGACGAGGCGGCAGCCGACGAUGAUGACGAUGAAGACGGCACGCACCGGGCUGCUCGCCAGUCACGUCGCAAGAAGCUGGAAGAUAUUGCCAAGAGGAAAAAGGAAGCAGAAGCAGAGAAGCAGAAGCAGCAGGAGGCUGCGCGCGCUGCGCAGAAACUCAAGCUGGCCGAGUCGAAGCAUCUCAACAACGAACGCAAGAGGCUCGACGAAGAACAGGCGAAGCUGGACAGUCGCGAGGAGGCGAUCGAGCGCGAGUUCCGGCGGCUUUCGCUUGCACCGCGGCUCGUACCGCUCGGCCGGGACAGAUUUUUUGAGAAGUACUGGUGGUUCGACGGCGUGGGAGAAAAGCCACUUCUCAACGCUCAAGGACAGGCGCAGUACCUUGUCGGCAGGUUGUAUGUCCAAGGCUGCGGCGAGGAGGACAUGCUAGAGAUGGAAGAAUUGUCCGAGGUGCCUCGGCGCUGGAUGGAGGUGCAGGAACGCAUGAAAGACGAGUACGGUGGAGAGGAAGGCAUGCUGAGCCGUAAUGAGUGGGCUGUCUAUGACGAUCCAGAGGAGGUGAGCUGACUGUGCACAAGCGCUGAGAAACUUUUAUCACAUGCUGACAGUCUUCACUUCCAAUUGCAGCUGGACCAACUGAUUGCUUGGCUAAGGGUGAAAGGCAUUCGCGAGCAAGCGCUCAAAACACUUUUGCUGCGCUACCGUCCAUACAUCUCUGGUGGGAUGGCAAAGCGUCAAGCCGAUCGGCAACGAGCUUCCGCCGACGUUGCA